CAAAGCUUGCCAGUACUGAAGAGGCCAAGCACUGGCUGAGGCUCACACACGAAGAAACUUUCACCAUAAGUAGAGCACCUCCUAGACUGCUCCUGGGGUGUGGAGACAGAAUUAUCUUCUUCCCAAACUAGCAGGCUCCAUCAAACUAAUUCAUGAUCAUAUAAACAUGGGAAAAGAAGUCCAGCCAAGACCCAAGGUAAACGUCUCUUCUUACAUCCACUUUAUGAUGAAUUUCAGAAACAAAUUCAAGAAGCAACACCCACGCACCAACCUUGGCUUUAAGGAAUUUUCUAGAAAGUGUUCGGAAAAAUGGAGAUCCAUCUCAAAGCGCAAAAAGGCAAAGUAUGAAGCCUUAGCCAAGAUCGACAAAGCCCGAUACCAGGAAGAAAUGAUGAAUUAUAUGGGGCCAAGAAGAAAGAGGAGAGACCCAGACGCACCUCGGAAGCCCCCAUCCUCCUUCCUUCUCUUCUCCCAGGACCACUACGCCACACUGAAGCGAGAAAACCCCCACUGGACUGUGGUGCAGGUGGCCAAGGCUGCCGGAAAGAUGUGGUCCAUGACAGCUUAUGUGGACAAAAUACCCUAUGAAGAGAGGGCUGCACUUAUGUGGAAAAAGUACUACAAGGAGCGGGAGGCCUACUUCAAAAAAUGCCAUGGCAGGAAGAAGAACUUCCAUUGAUCAGCCAAGAACAGUUUUGAAACAAUUAAACAGUGUUCCACUGGC